CAGGUCCACAAUGGAUGCCCUGAGACUGGCAAACUCUGCUUUUGCAGUUGACCUGUUCAAACAGCUGUGUGAAAAGGAGCCGAUGGGCAAUGUUCUCUUCUCUCCAAUCUGUCUCUCUACCUCCCUGUCACUCGCUCACGUAGGUGCCAAAGGUGACACAGCAAAUGAGAUUGGACAGGUGCUUCAUUUUGAAAAUGUCAAAGAUGUGCCCUUUGGAUUUCAAACAGUAACAUUGGAUGUAAACAAACUCAGUUCCUUUUACUCACUGAAACUCAUCAAACGGCUCUAUGUAGACAAAUCUCUGAAUCCUUCCACCGAGUUCAUCAGUUCAACGAAGAGACCCUAUGCAAAAGAAAUGGAAACUGUCGACUUCAAAGAUAAAAUGGAAGAAACGAAAAGUCAAAUCAACAAAUCAAUUCAUGAACUCACAGACGGCCGCUUUGACAACAUUUUAGCAGAUGACAGCAUCAAUGACCAGACCAAAAUCCUUGUGGUAAAUGCCGCCUACUUUGUUGGGAAGUGGAUGAAGAAAUUUCUUGAAUCAGAAACAAAAGAAUGCCCUUUCAGGGUCAACAAGACAGACACCAAACCAGUGCAAAUGAUGAAUAUGGAGGCUACGUUCUGUACAGGCCACAUCGAUGAUAUCAACUGUAAGAUCAUAGAGCUUCCAUUUCAAAAUAAGCACCUCAGCAUGCUCAUCCUGCUACCCAAGGAUGUGGAGGAUGGUUCGACAGGCCUGGAAAAGGUUGAAAAACAACUCAACUCAGAGACACUGUUGCAGUGGACCAACCCCAGCACCAUGGCCAACGCCAAAGUCAAACUCUCCAUUCCCAAAUUUAAGGUGGAAAAGAUGAUUCACCCCAAGGCUAGUCUGGAAAAACUAGGGCUGAAAAAUACCUUUAACGAAAGUACAUCUGAUUUCUCUGGAAUGUCAGAGACCAAGGGAGUGGCCCUAUCAAAUGUGGUCCACAGAGUGUGCUUAGAAAUAACCGAAGAUGGGGGGGAUUCCAUCGAGGUGCCGGGAUCACGCAUCCUGCAACACAAAGAUGAAUUCAAUGCUGACCACCCGUUCAUUUACAUCAUCAGGCACAACAAAACUCGAAACAUCAUUUUCUUUGGCAAGUUCUGUUCUCCUUAA